AUGCUGUGGUUGUCAGGAUAUCCGAGACUAUACAAAUGUAUUCACGAUCAAGGAGGCAAAUUCAUUGGUGAAGCUUUUCAAGCGAAACUUGCUACUUGGGGAAUCCAUGAUGGCGGAACCACUAGCAAGAAUGCAACUGCAAAUGCGAUCUUUGAACGAAUGCAUUUGACAGUGGCCAACAUUUUGCGAACUAGAUACAACAAUGCCGCUCCAAACUUUCAAGUCGCUGUUGAAGAAAUCAAGCGAGCUCUUGCUGCUUGCAAUCAUGCAAUGAGAUGUGCUGUAUCGACAGCAUUGAUGAACAAUACUCCUGGUGAGACUGAGUUUCAUCGUGACAUGUUACUAAACAUUCCUGUGAUUGUCAAUCUACUUUGUAUGCAGCAAAAGAGACAGUACAAGAUCAAUGAAAACUUGAGGAGACAGAACGCAAAGCAAAAAGAAUUUGAUUACAGAAUUGGUGGAGAAGUUUUGAUCAAGAAUACUGAUGGAAAGAAGUUGGAUCCAAAAUACAGAGGUCUGUAUUCUAUUACAAAUUUUUACACUAAUGGCAAAUCUAUCAACGCGAAGGCAUCCUCGGCGAAGACAAAAAAGUCGGGCGUGUCUAAGAUGAAAACGACCUCUGGGGCUAAAAAGUCCGUCAAGAAACGAGUUGAAAUUGACCUAGAGCAGCCUAAAGACAGGGAUCCCAUCGAUUCCAAGAUGGUGUCUGAAACCCAGACUGAAGAGAAGCGUGUUACUGAUGACAAUGAAGCGCAACGCAUGGCUGAUGAGAUUGAGGCAAAACAAAUCGCCGAACGAGAAGCUCGCAGGAGUGGGCAUUACAACAGCAUUGUUCCAAACCUGUUGGAGUGGUGGAUGCAGAAUUUAUAUUCAGGAGAUGCUGUCGACGAAGCAUUGGAACGCCAUGACCGUAUCCAUACGGGUAACGCGCUUUUUAUUGCAUGGGAAGAACGUUUUCCUGCCGCUUGGAACCAACCUUGCCUCAGGUACGACGAUCCGUUUAACGAUAAUACAGGGACAGCAACUUGUGAAGAUCGUUUUGCUCGCAUUUUCACAUCGCUGAAUUCGGAUAAUAGUCAAUUGACAAAGUACCUCAUUGCCGCAUUUGACACUGAAACGAUGGAAGUGAAUCCGUCUGAAGAAAUCUGGUCUUUACGCAUCUUGGCCAUGCGGAUUUCUUUACAAAAUCCGUUUUCCUUUUUCGGUAUUGAUGAGUUUGAGGGCAAACCGGACGACAGCCAUUUCUUUUCAGGCGAACUGACCAAUCCACGUCUACGCUUGGAGCAUCCCUUGGUGGGCUUUUGGUUAAUUUGCUCCGAGUUGUUUGACUAUCCUUGGAUUAAUGAGUUUCUGUUGGAGUGUUACGAUGACCCGCCAUCCGCAAUUGUCGACGCAAUCAAACAAACAAGAAGUGGCAAGUCUAUCAACAAAGCUCCAAACCGAGAAUCAGUGAAGGAACCGGAUCCGCCUUGUAUUCAAAAAAUAUACGAUCCAGUGUAUUCUAUUGACGAACCAGGCACUGAUGUUCAACGCGAUUCCACCAGCUCCAAAGGGGACCAGGCGCCUGAGUCGUCGGAUGAAGAUGAAGACACUGAUGCUGAUGAUACUGACGACAGGGAGGACAUUGUGGACGACGCAAUGGAGGAAGACAAUGAUGAUGAACGGGUCAAUAGCGCUGGGGCUAACCCACACAAUGUGGCCAUGGACGACAACACUCCACCGUUGACUUCCCCUAAACUUAUGGCAACACAAGACUCAGCAGGUACAGGGACCCUUAUGGAGGCCUCGGCAACAACUCCUUCUCGCGUUCAACGUCCCCCAACACUGGCCAAACGGAUCUCGAGCCUCAUUCAGGUGAACAUGGAAGGGAUACCAGGCAAAUGUCACAUCUUUGAGACUACUUUCUCUGUGGAGUAUCAAGGGUCGGAUUCAGGAACUGUGGCGGAGGCGCUCUUGUCGACAGUUCUGAAUUCUAUGGAGGAAGCCAUCAACAAUUCCCCUAAUGAAUUGGAGCUUCUUCCGAUCUCUGAUACCACAUAUAAGCAACAGAAUCUUUGGAUUCGAAACUCAGUAGAUUUACAUAAUCGCAUUUCGACUUAUCGCGCUCUGUCGACUUACUGUGAUAUGGAAUACGGUAACUGUCCCUACGCGGCAACCAACAGCAAGCCGGGCGAGAAGAAACUACGCGCACGCCUUCGCGUCGGCUUCUCGGCUGAGGCUUCGGUCAAGGCCGUCCAAGACUAUCUUCACACCGGAUUACGUCAAUUGGGGAGAGGCGCUGGGUGCUACCCUUCUCCAUUGCAGUAUGGAGAAAUUGUGAAGAUCGGAUCGUGCUCGUUUAUUCCUGCAGAAGUUAACUUCUCAGCUUAUGCAAAGGAACUGAUGAGACUAUUUGAUUUCGAAGUACCUAUUGGUAUCAAGAUGGACUGGGUUUCUAUUCCGUACACGGGCCGAGCAAAGUACGACGAACGGUCCCCCGGAGUGACUAGUCCACAUUGUUUCACUCGGAGGAGUCAUGCCAAGAGAGUUGAUCGCACUUUGAGGUCAAUUCUCCACCCAGCAACUGCAAAACCUGACUUUCCAUUCGCAGCACCGGCCACCUACAUCAGUGAUUGGAAGUCGGCACAACAAAGUUUGCUGAGUGUAAAGGCCUACGGUCCGGUGAAGGAUGCGAUCCUGACCUUGAUCAGAUACUGCCAAAGACAGACCCCUCCAACAACUGCCGACGACGACUCAUCUGAAGAGGAGGACGAUGAAUCUCAGGAGGGAGCGGUUUCUCUAUCCGGGGCAUUCACGAAGGUGACUAAGAAGAAGGUGAAGAAGAAGAAGACGAAGAAGAAGUCGCUCCUCUCCGAUAACCUCGAGAAUCAUUUUCUCAAAGAUCUGUCCGGGGCACAACGCAAACUGGCUGAAGCCACCGACCGCAAACUGCAGAACGAUAUUGAUCGCCAUAAAGCAGGACCACUCUUCUUGAUGAUCCUUCCUGGAGAAAUGGAGGGCUCUUACAUCUUUGUAUGCCGCAAGAAAUAUGGUCAGUUAGCUCGAAACGUGUUGAGAGGGAUAGUUCCGUUCUUGAUUCAUCACCUGUGCGAACUUACCGAUAUGCAAGCUGAUCGAGUCUUGGGUAAAUGGAUUCCCAAAUCAGAGAUCCAGGCGACGCGUCGUAAGUGGUUGGUAUGGUCCACCAACACAUUACGCGCUAUUGAGGCUUCCGAUCAGUCGGCCAAGGUGGAAGAAGCUCUGGAGUUUUUGGACGAUGUGAUCGAAGAUACCACCGACGUCUACCAAGGUCAACUCUCGAUCGAUAUGGAUAUGGCGAAUGCCAAGGAUAUUGACGAUGGACAAACGGUCACGGGGAUGCUGGAUGAAAUGCACGAACGUGAACAACAACUGGAGGAUGCCUUUGUGGAAAUCGAAGCUCCCCACCACUUGGCCAUCGACUCGCAACCACCUGCUCAAAACAAUGAGGUAUCUCCAGACCGGUCCGAAUUCACUACGCCACCAAAAAAGAGGAAAAGCAAGGAUACUUCCACGACUAAGAGGAGAGUUGACAGGUCUAAGGCUGGCCUUAAGCCGCCCACUAAGUCAACUCGUACCAGCACGUCUGUUCACUUUCAGCAGCCAAAGCAGCGCUCUUGGAACACGUCUCAGGUCCAGGUGGACACAACUCAAAUGGAGGGUGAUACUACUAUAGCUGUGUCCCAGUACGAGAGCCUCUCAUCUCUGACAGCGGCAUCUCCGGGGGGUGUACACCCAUUCUUUCUCCCUUCUCCAUCUAGCAAAUCCGGGGGAGACUGCCUUGGCGACGACCAUCGCUGUCGCUCUUCAUUAGCUACUAGCGUCACCUUCCAGAACGUUAACGGUGUUCCGGAGGAAGGUGACCAUGUGAAACAGCGGCAGAUCAACUCCUGGCUGCAAGACGAGCGAGUGGGAAUAGCGUUGUUGGCGGAGGCCAAAACGUUUUGGCCCUCUAUCCCAGAGGGACCCCAGAGGGACAUAGGUGGAACGAUAGGAUGCGGCGAGCAACGAUGCAGGCAAAGCACAGAGGUUUUUAUUCGGCUGUCGCUUAUAAUAAACGGCAGUCACAAUCUUCGGCAACUACAGCCUUUCAAUGGGGAGGAUGCAUCGCGACAGUGCUUAGUCAGGUCUCGCACCGAGCUAAAGAAGCAGGGAGCGAUUCGACGGGGCCAAACAGAGAAGAUUGAUCCGCGCAAAGCAUUGGUCGAUGACCUGUGCAAACAAAUUCAAAAGUGGAGGGACGAGGGUUGUGAAGUUUUGCUGGGGAUCGAUGCUAACGAAGACCUUUCGGUCAACUCCCCGGACUCCAUACGACAGCGGUUUCGCGAGUGCGGAAUGGAGGAAGCAAUUUUGAAACGGCAUCCCCCUACGGCGACCCACCAACAAAAUCAAAGCAACGUUCCCAUCGACGGAAUCUUUACCACUUCAGGUGUUCCGGUUCUGGCUGGUGGCUACUACGCAUUUGGUGAAUUUGUUGAACCAGACCACAGGGCACUAUGGAUCGAUAUCGACUUGAACACGGCUUUGGGCAAUUUCACACCCCAGGGGUCUACCUUUAAACCUCGCAAGCUCACUCUUUUGGAUAAGCGGUCGGUUAGACGGUAUCUUCAGCUGGCCCACUUGGGCUACGAGGAGUAUGACAUCCCGUCCCGUCUUACCAAGCUCAAUCAGCGCAUUGAAUCCAAUGGACGACAGAUGUCACCCUCGCUGGCACGCAAAUAUAACUGCCUUCACCGGCAGAUGUAUAUGACGACUGAUGAACUGGAAGAGGCAUUGGCAGCUGAACGUAGGGCAUACAAGCAAGCCAAACGUCAGGCAACCCAAUUGAGACGGGACUUUCUUACGGUUCAGACAAAGGAUGCAAAGCAGAAGAAAUGGAAAUCCCAGAAGGCCCACGAUAGAUUCCUUUGGUUACGACGAAUGAAGCAACGAGAGGAGGCGAGACGUCGUCGUCGCGCCCAACAAAAAGGAUCUACCGGGGGUUUACGGGCUAUGCAGAUUGAAGAGAAAUUACCAGACGGCACUCAGCAGCUGCGUACUAUCUCACUGACCGUGCUCUGGUUGAAGAAGGUUGUAUGCAAGAAAAUGCGGCACGGCCGCUACUCCCUGCCCGACCUUCUCGACCCCGCCACUACGGCCUUUCUUUCACAUUGCCGAUUUCACAAGGAUCACUUACCUGUGCACCUUGAGGUUACUACCUCUGAUCAUGUGUACUUCUGGUCUCAAAAUCCGGAGGACAAAGGUUCAGAACCUCAUGGCUUGCACAACGGACACUUCAAGGCAGCGGCCCAGUCACCAGUUAUUGCCUCUUGUGAUGCCCUUUUUCGCAAUUUUCCUUUGGCAACGGGAUUCGUCCCCUCGAAUUGGCAGAACUUGAUGAAUUUUGCAAUUGAGAAAAAGGCAGGCGACUUCCGGCUGUCGAAAAUGCGUACUAUUCAGUUAAUGAAUUCGGAGGCACAGGCCAGCAACAAAAAAGCGGGUCGAGCGGCCAUGCGAUAUGCUGAGGAACACUCCUUGAUUCCAGACGGUCAGUGUGGUUCUCGGAAACGCCACCAGGCCAUUGAUCUGGCCCUGUCCAAACGUCUGGUCUGGGACUUGUUGAUUCUCCAACAACGCGCGGCUGGGUGGAUCUCUAAUGAUGCCAAAUCCUGCUUUGAUCGCAUUGUUCAUUGGGUGGCAAUCAUUGCGAUGCUCCGGUUUGGGCUGACAUGGAGGGUCCUAUCCUCCAUGUUUAAUAAUAAUAAUAACUGA